AUGGCGCCCACCUCGGGCCACUCGUCGAACCCCUCGACGUCGUCCGCUGGCGAGCGCCAACACCGCCCCAGCACCAGCAAUGGCAAGCCCGCCGUCGUAGCAGCCCGCCACGACAGGACCCCGGGGACGCCGAGGAAGGAGAGCAACGCGCGCGAGAGAGCUGUGCAGGACCCGGGCUUGAAAGACUACCGGCUUGGAGAAUGCCUGGGCAAAGGCGCCUUCGGUUCUGUCUACAAGGCAAUCCAUUGGGGCACGGGCGAGGCCGUGGCUGUGAAGCAGAUCAAGAUUGUCAACUUGCCAAAGAGCGAAUUGCGUAUGAUCGAGGCUGAAAUUGACUUGUUGAAGAACUUGCACCACGACAACAUUGUCAAGUACAUAGGUUUUGUCAAGUCGGUGGACUGUUUAAACAUCAUCCUAGAAUAUUGCGAGAAUGGCUCCUUACAUUCCAUCUGCAAGGCAUACGGCAAGUUUCCGGAGAACCUGGUCGGCGUCUACAUGACACAAGUGCUGCAAGGCCUGCAAUACUUGCACGACCAGGGUGUCAUCCAUAGGGACAUCAAGGGCGCCAACAUUCUGACUACUAAAGACGGAAAGGUCAAACUGGCCGACUUUGGUGUGUCGACAAGUACCCUGGCCGGUCCUGACAAGGAGAACCAAGUGGUCGGAACUCCUUACUGGAUGGCCCCGGAGAUCAUCGAACUGUCUGGUGCAACGCCCGCCUCCGAUAUCUGGAGCUUGGGAUGCACUGUAAUCGAAUUACUCCAAGGAAAACCACCGUACCACCAUCUACAGGCUAUGCCAGCACUUUUCGCCAUUGUCAAUGAUGACCAUCCCCCCUUGCCGGAAGGAGUGUCCUCGGCUGCUCGCGAUUUCUUGAUACAAUGUUUUCAAAAGGACCCCAAUCUGCGUGUGUCUGCGAGGAAGCUGUUGAAGCACAACUGGAUAGUGGGCUGUCGGAGGAGCGAUGCACCCGUAGCGAAAGCACCUGGCGAUUUCGACCAGACCGUGGAGAAGGUGAAGGAAUGGAACAAGGCCUUGACUUCGGAUUCAGAUCUACGAGCUUCCUUUGGAUCCGAUCAGGGUGGCCUUCCAUACAACCGCCAGGCGUCUCGUUACACAGCUCCGGAACAGACAAAGCUUACCACGCCGGCCAAGGGCCCCUUGUCAUUAGCAAAGCCCAGAUUGACGGCAGAAGACUACAGAUCUACAGAGCUAGAUGAUGAUGACAACUGGGAUGCGGAUUUCGCGACGGCGAUUUCACCCACUGCGCUAAAGCUUCCUCACAUCAAGCCGCAAGACCACUUUGGUGGCAUGCUUUCAGCAGAUCGCAUCAAGCAGUUUGCAUUUACCGCGUCCUCUCGAGAUGUGUCUACCAAUUGGGACGAUAGCGUGGACGGCGAGCUGAUGACCAUGAAAAACCAUGCCAUACACGAAGAAGACCCUCAAGACAAAACCAUCCGCCCUAAUUGGAGAUUCCCCUCGGAGCCUGAAAAGCAGGUCGAUCCCCGGCAACAGGCAAGGAAAAAGUCCACGUCAUCGUCAUCGUCCAGGAAACGUGCUGCUAGUGGCCACCAGAAACAAAAGUCUGAUGGCAAGAAUAUGGGAGGAAAGUUCGCACUUCCGUCACGGCCAGACUUGGCGUUCAAGGAACACUCUGUAGAAGAUUAUUCCGACCUGUUUGGCGAUGAUGACGACCAGUCAGACUUCGCUUUCAGCCAAAGAUUAGGUCAGAUGAAAAAGCCCGAUGCGCCUCAACUAUUCCAUCCAUCAGAUCUAACCACGCUCCCCCGCUCAACACAAGAGCCCGGGCGUGGGAGCUUGCGAAGACAAACGUCUUCAAGACCCUCUGUGUUACCAGAUCGGCCCAUGCAAAGGACGAGGUCAGCGAUUGAAAUCCAAAAGUUUGCGGAAGACGAAGGCGACGAGGACUUUUCGGAUGUCUUUGGCCCAGGCGACGACAUUACCGAAAAAGACGAGAGCGACCGCGGAUCCGAGUCUGGAGGCCCCAUGGUGCUCUCUAAGCUCUCCAAUAACUCAUGGCUUGGUGAUGAAGAAGACGAGGACGACCCAUUCGCGUUUAUGGACCCUGGUUGGGAUGAGAUGGAUCUGGAGGCGAAUAUUGCCCGUGAUCGGCACGCACGACUCGCAGAAAAGGUCGAAGAGAUUGUCAGAUCCAUCAAGAUGAUAGAAGGUGAAGACAGGUUGGCGGAGCUUUCGGAAGAUAUGCUGGCCCUUCUUUGGGAGCAUGCCGAAGUCAAGGACCUCAUCAUCAGCGCACAUGGCCUCCUUCCAUUACUCGAACUACUGGAGCCAUGUACAGUCAAAAGCCGACAGCACAUGAUUCUGCAACUCCUAAAAGUUGUCAACACGAUUAUUUUGGAUGAUGUCGAACUUCAGGAAAACCUCUGCUUCGUAGGUGGCAUACCGAUUAUUACCAAGUUUGCAGCACGGCAAUAUUCCAAUGAAAUCCGGCUAGAGGCAGCUGCUUUUGUACGGCAGAUGUACACCACAUCCACCUUAACCCUCCAAAUGUUCGUCAGCGCUGGAGGUCUUAACGUCCUUGUCGAAUUCUUGGACGAGGACUACGAUAACUCUCGAGAUCUGGUCUUGAUUGGCGUAAACGGUAUCUGGAAUGUCUUCGAAUUACAGGGCCCAACGCCUAAAAAUGACUUCUGCCGGAUAUUCGCAAGGAGCAAAAUUCUCGACCCCUUAGCGCUAGUGUUGCAUAGGGUUCUAGACGAUGAUGAGGAAGAGGAGGAGUUGACAGAGCUUAUCGAAGGCCGCAUCGUUAACAUUUUCUACCUGUUCUCCCAAGCUGAGAAUUACGUCAAGGAGAUGGUAACAGAUCGACAGGUUCUGAAAAGUGUUCUCAAGGACCUUCGACGGAUGACUCCAGCACAUCAGAUUACGAUGCUGAAGUUUAUCAAAAACCUGUCGAUGUUGUCCACAACCCUCGAUGUGCUUCACUCGGCCGAUGCUAUCGAUCUGCUUAUCGAGCUCCUGAGCGGCAACAUGAAGAAGGGGCAUCCACACUUCCGUGAGAUCUCGAAUCAAGUCCUCAACACUAUGUUCAACCUGUGUCGAUUAAGCAAAGAUCGCCAGGAAUACGCCGCAGUCAAUGGUAUCAUCCCCUUAUUGAUGAAGAUUAUGAAGACCGACAGACCGCCGAAGGAAUUCGCGCUACCAAUCCUCUGCGACAUGGCUCACUCGGGUAGCAAGGGCCGACGAUUCUUGUGGCAGAACAAGGGACUCGACUUCUACAUUUCACUGCUUGCAGAUCAGUAUUGGCAAGUUACUGCCCUCGAUGCCAUCUUUGCCUGGUUACAAGAAGAGACAGCUAAAGUGGAGGGACAUCUGAUCAAUGGCAAUUUCCCAAGUGCCAUCGUGGCUUGUUUCACUACACAGAAGAUUAACGCUUUUGAUCCGAACCUUGUCGAACCACUCCUCAAAAUCGUUCGUCUCAGUCCCGAUUUAUCUUCAUCUCUAGCAAAGCCCGAGAUGUUUUCGGGCGUGGCGCAAAAGCUUGGCCACAAGAAGGCCGUCAUACGGUUGAACCUCCUUCGUCUUGUGCGGAAUAUCCUGGAUGCUCGUGAGGCCGAUUAUUUCAGCAACCCUAGAGACAGACAACUACGACUGUUGCUCGAAGCAGUCCAGACUCUUGCUGAGAAGGACUCGGCAGUAUUGGUUCGCAACUUGGCGUCCGAGCUUGUCAGAUCACAUAUCAACAGUGAUCCCGACAACGUCAUACCACCUUUACCAGCCAUGCCUGCUUCAUCCUCUUCGGCCGGAUCGAGCAGGAAUCGGUCGGGACCUAGGCGUAUCUAUACACCACCCUCUCUACACUCGUCGGUUUCGACACCUAUCACACCGACAUCGGCUCAUCGCCCCUCUCAAGCUGCAUAUAUCGAGGUCGCUGCCAGUCCUAAACGUCGCUCCGCUGUUCCUCAUGACCUCGACUAUAGACCUCGCAGUCGUGAUGGCGGUAACAUCCCAAUCUCCUCGCUUCCACGGCGUGUCAGCACCGAUCAAGGAACCAACAUCUCUGUCGCGGGCAAAAGUAGAUUGCCCCGUAACUCUGGAGCCUUCCAUCCUUCUUCGAGCGAAUCCUCUGGUCGAAGCCAAAGUGUGCUGAGCAACAAGGAGAACCAGUUGUCUAGCAGUACGUCGAGAUAUUCUCAGUCAGGUUCGAGUGCGGCCGGCAGUGGAUAUGCUGCGCACUCGCGGGAGAGCUCCAGCGGGAAAUCAAGGCGGACGCGUGCGCCGAGUGAGAGUAGCUCGAGAAAAUGGACUCCCUCGGGGAUGUAA